AUGGCGAGCGACAGCAGUGGAAUGGAUGUUCCUAGUGCAAAAGAAAGUAAUGAAAGUGGAGGUUCCAAUGAUGAAGGCGGAAACACUGAUGUCUUUAACAAGAUACGCAGCCUAUUCGGGAACGAGAUUUAUGAAUCCCUUCAAAGUAAGUCGUAAAGUCAUUUUGCACUUCGCACAACGACAAUCAUGUGUCUUCUUCGCUUUUUUCUUAAAUAUAUGAAGUGAUUUAUUAAUCUGUUAUUUAUACAGGUGCGAUUUUUUACAUCAAUAUUCCAAUAUAGCUUCUAAUUAAUAUCAGCUGUUGUUAGAGAAAUUGGCGCCAUUUCUUUAAUUCCCGCACGAAAGAUCUAGGUAGUGUUGUGAAGCUUACACUUAAAUAAAUAAGCUUAUUUUCCUUCGUCACUACUUUACAGAAGAGGAAAUCAAUUCUCCCGAGCUGAUUGCUGAUUUGGCAGAUAGAGAUGCAGACGCUCCAAUAUUCGGGAAACUUGGCUUUACAUACGGAAAAGCAGCACGUUUCAAGAAAGAAUUUGAGACAAGAAAGGCAUCUUAUGGCAGCGCCCGUGCGCGUCCUUGUUCUCCAGCGCCCUCGAAACCAACCAUGGCGGAAAUGAGCAGUUUUACCCCCGAGAUGAAAAGACUUUACUUAUCCAAGUAUGCUAUGGGAUUAAUUGAUUAUCUUAUGUCAUGUUGUGGUUUUGAUAAGCCUCUUCCUACAGAUAAUAGAGUUGAGAUAAUAACAUCAUGCAAACGCCGCCUUUUCCUGCCUUGCUUUUCAAGCUAGUCGAUCAGUGAGAUCAGAGAGAGCGAAGCGAUGGCUGAAUCAUCCAAAAUUCACCACAGUAACGAAAUUUUACGAGACGUUUUAUAUUGAAGAUAUUGUUGAAACAUUUCGCACAUCAUUUUUAUGAUUUCUUUGUUAAAUGUUCUUAAACGGACUGUGUCACGGAUUUUAGCCAAAUUUAGGCAUGGAAAAUGACCAUCAAAUUCGGUGAAAUAUAAAAAUAACCUCUUAAAACAGUGAAGGAACAUUUCAAUAACACAGCAACUGCAAAAGAAGGCGCGGAUGGCCAAAAGUGACGAAGAUUGAAACGGAUUACAAUAUGUAUUUUUUAAAAAUUGUUGAGCUGAACAGUUUUCAAACUUAGGGUGGCUCAUAAUGGUUUUCAUCAUUUUCCAGCACUUAUACUUUGAAGAGUCAGUACUACCACUCUUAAUCACUUACUGUUAUAGUAAUGGUUAUUUUUGUCAUGUUAUUUUUAUGUUUUACUGUUAAAGUAGUGGUUAAGGUAUGAAACAAAUGCCCAAUCAUCAGUGAACAGGUUGUGAUAAAUGCAUUGAGAUUUUCAAGAUUGGGAUUUCAAUUUUUUUUAUUAAUCUUUACAGGAGAAAGAAGAUUGGAAUUCUGGCAACAAGCAAAUGGGGGAGCAGCUGCCCAAAAUUCAACAGUCCAGAAUUAAAAACAGAAUUGAAAGAAUUUUGUACUGAGAUUGCCUCAGAAUGUGCCAUCCCAGAAAUUAAUUUCAACGAGGAAGGCAUUGCAAAUCAUGUGAAGACGUUUUUUAGCGAGCAACGGCGAUACAAAAAGAACAAAAGUCCAUCUACCAAGGUUUGUGUUACUUUUUUAAAAAUGUAUGGCAUGACCUUUUCAGUGAAAAGACAUUAGUUAUCAGAUAAAAUUAACAAGUCACUCAAAUCUAUACAUUUUUUCUGAAAAUUUAUUUGUUAAGACCCCUCGCUUUGUAUUUAUCUGAAAAUAAUUGUCUAAAAUUGAAGGAUUUUAAAUUUGAAGUGCUAUGAAGAUCCUAUGAAAUCCUUUUCAUUGGUAUCUCUAGACAAGGAAACUGGGAGUUUACAUCAGUGGUGUUUGACUGUGUUACUGCAUAUUUAUAUAGCACUUCAACUUUUACCAGUUUAGCAGCUAAGCCCUGCCAGAUAUUUUCCUGAGGAUGACUGCAAACUGAUGCAUGAUUAAUGUUUAACUGUUUUCAGGCAGCAGAAACCAGAAAGAUUGAAGCUACUGGACAAAGGAAGAAGCCGAAAGGGGGAGAUGUAUGUAUCUGUUCUGUUGUAUGUUCAGUCUGUUUUAUUGAGGAUGUAUACACCUUCAUGUACAUCUUCCACACCCCCAUACUGACCCUGUGUUUAAUAUGUAGUCUUGCUGUUGUGUAAAGUUCUUUUACAGCAGUUUCAGAAACCCCAUUAUAACAGUUGUUGUAUGUUUGUUGUUUAUAUAGACUUAACAAAUUGCAUAAUUUUUUUUGCAGACAUCUUUUGAGGAAAUGAGUGGAGGAUCAUCAGAAACAGAAAAUAGUAUUCAGGGUGGUGAUACAGAUUCAGUUGAGGAUGAAGAUGAGGAAGAAAGCAUGUUAAAGUCACCUCCUUCCUCUCAAGUUCCGCCAUUACCUGCUGUAAGUUUGACUGAAGAAUGGGAAUCAAACUUAAAGGCUAAUCAGCUAAUAGUUAAGGGUGUUUUUGGUAGAGUGCUGAACCGGGAAGAAAUGAUUGAUGUCUUAAAAAAAAAAUUUUCUGCUCAGCAGAAGAAUCUGACUGGGUUAAAGCCAUCCGAGCUUAUGUCUGUCUUGGCUAAAAAACUUACCCGAAGUGGAUAUUGCAGUUUGAAAGUAAAACACACAGAAGUUAAAAGUAAAGAUGACUUGAACAUUAUAAAGGAGAUUGCAUUUUAG